AUGGAAACGCAGCCCGGCCUUCGCUGGCUGAGCGGGAGGUCACCCCUGCCCCACGGCCGGGGGGUGAGCCGGCUCCUAGAAGCCUUACGCCACGAUCGAAACACCAACCCCAGCAAACGCUUCCUAGUAAUGGUGCGGUGUCUUGCCCCGUGUCGGCGUCGCUCCACCCCUGCCCUGGCGGCCAGAGCCCCCGGGGAGCUCGGUGUGGAUCCAGGACGCAGCUCCCGCACCUUUGAGGAGGAGCCCUGGGCAUUUCUGAAGGCGCAGCUAUGGACCUGCAGCCCCCUGGUUUCCCUGGGGGGGACAGGGGGACAGGGAGGAGCGGCCGUGGCUUCGCGGAGGGACAGGGACGUGCCUUUCGGGGGGUCAGGGAGGGUCCCCCCCACUCCCCAGGCCACAGACAGGCAGCCCCCACCUCUCAACGCUCUCUGUCCGCGGCAUCUCCCGCUCCCAGACUUCCUCCCCCUGAAGUGCGACGCCUGCGAGCAGAUCUUCUGCACCGACCACAUCGCUUACGCCCAGCACAGCUGCACCUCUGCCUACAAGAAGGAUGUGCAGGUCCCCGUGUGUCCCCUCUGCAACACCCCAAUCCCUGUGAGGCGGGGGGAGAUGCCCGAUGUCGUGGUGGGUGAGCACAUUGACCGUGACUGCAAGUCCGACCCCGCACAACGCAAGCGCAAGAUCUUCACCAACAAGUGCAUGAAGGCUGGCUGCAAGCAGAAGGAGAUGAUGAAGGUGAUCUGCGACCAGUGCCACAAAAACUACUGCCUCAAGCACCGGCACCCCCUGGACCACGACUGCAGCGCAGCAGGGCGUCCCCUCUCCAAAGCAGGGCACGCUGCGGUUGCGAGGGCCCAAGCAUCCUCCUCCAAAACAGUCACCCCAUCGAGCAGUGGAGCUGCCCGGCCAGCAGACAGCCCCUCUUCCCCAGCCUCUGCCAGAGGAGGCAGAGCAGCUGCAUCGCAGCCUCGCAGCAUGUCCCCUCCGGCUGUCAUGCUGCAGAAUGGGCUGAGCGAGGAAGAGGCAUUGCAGCGAGCUCUGGAGAUGUCCCUGGCAGAGUCAGCACGCAGCUCGGCGCAGCCACCCAGCAGCACGCAGGAGGAGGAGGAUCUGGCACUGGCCCAGGCACUGUCAGCGAGCGAAGCCGAGUACCAGCAGUCGCAGCGGCAGACGCACGGUUCAAAGCCAUCAAACUGCAGCAUGUCAUAGGCAGGGUGUGCCAGUGGACGUGGGAUCCUGCUUGUGACCUGAGGAGCAGCUCGGGCCUCCCAGGUGGAUGCCGUGGGGUUCUGCCCUGGACAUAGACAACAAGAGCCCCCCGCCAGGGACAGCCCAUCCCCCUGGGGGCUGUAAGCGAGCCACCGAACACACACUGACACCUCGGCCCUAGUACCUGUAUAAAAUCGAUGGAUGCA